AUGGGGACGCUGGCCAGGGCUGGUUUGCUGCUGUUACUUGCCAUUGGCCUCUGCCAAAGCCUGGGACUCAAGUAUGGAAUUCGUGCAGCUGAUUGGAAGAGUGAGGAGCCUACUGUGGAAUCCAGGUUCUUCUCCGGAAUUAGUUGGAGAAAUUCAACAGUUGGUGGACAACCCUGGCAGGUCUCCCUAAAAUUGGGUGAGCGCCACAUCUGUGGAGGAAGUUUGAUUGAAGAUGAUAGGGUUGUCACGGCAGCACACUGCCUGAGUAGUCUUGAUGGGAAGCAACUGAAGAAUCUAACUGUGACGGCUGGGGAGUACAACCUACUUCAGAAAGAAAAGCAAGAGCAGAAUAUUCCAGUCUUAAAAAUUGUUAUUCACCCUGAAUUCAACAGGCUUGGAUAUAUGAGUUUUGAUAUUGCACUGCUAUAUCUAAAACACAAAGUCAAGUUUGGAAUUGCUGUUCAGCCAAUCUGUCUUCCACACAGAGAUGAUCGAUUUGAAGCAGGAAUUCUUUGCAUGGCCAGUGGAUGGGGCAAGAUUACAGAGAAUUCUGAGUAUUCAAAUGUCUUACAAGAAGGGGAACUUUCCAUCAUGGAUGACAGAAUGUGUAAUUCUGUGCUGAAGAGUAUGAACCUUCCUCCUCUGAGAAGGACCCUGCUGUGUGCCAGUUUUCCUGAGCAGGGAAAGGAUGCCUGCCAGGGAGACACUGGAGGCCCACUGGCUUGUAGAAGACCUGGUGGAAUCUGGACUCUGGCUGGGAUAACUUCCUGGGUAGCUGGUUGUGAAAGAGGUUCGGCUUCUCCAAAAAAUUACCACACAAGGGCAUUACCUGGCAUUUUUUCCAAGGUGUUUGAGUUGAUGGAUUUUAUCACUCAAAACAUGAUCACAGGUGAGUAAAAUUUUCUUCCUCCUUUCAUUCCAAGUCAAAAACUGAUCAUGUUUAUCUCAAGAGUAGAGAGGGUCUUGGCGUCUCAGAGGCCAGAAGAUUGUAAACCUCAGAGAAUAGUAUUAUUUGGAGAGAGUGGGGAGAUUCAAUACCCCUAUUCCAAAGAAGACAACUAUUCUCAUAAUAGUUUAUGUGUCUGGAAAAUAAUGGUACCAGAAGAUAAAAUUAUCCUGAUAAAAUUUACAAGCCUAGAUAUAGAAAAUCGAGCUGGAUGUGAUCAUGACUACAUAUAUUUACAAUCAAGUGAUGGAGCAAUUAUUAGUAAGGUCUGUGGAGAUAUCUUGCCCUCACCCUUGCUGAUGGAGACCAACCAGGCCAUAGUCACAUUUGUUUCUGAUGCAGAAAACAGUGGCAGUGGCUUUGAACUUUGCUUUUCUGCUGUACAGAACUCAGGAACAGGUUCAGGUUGUGAGAGUGUGGCUGAAUUGGUAGAGGAAGGGACAAUUCAGUCUGCUAACUAUCCUCGCUUGCCCAAUAAUGUCUAGUAUUAUUGGUUUAUUCAUGCUCCAAAGAAACACAUCAUAAAAUUGACAUUUGAGGACUUUAAAGUUGAAUUUAACCAAAAUUGUAUUUAUGAUUCCAUUGUGAUUUAUGAUGAUCCUGAAGAAAAACACAAGUUAGCUAAACUUUGUGGAAUCUUGAAAUCCAUUUCAAUAUUCAGUUUUGGUAACAUGAUGGUCAUGUAUUUCAAAAGUGAUGGUGAAAAUAAUUUCCAAGGCUUCAAGGUUAGAAACACCUUUUUGCUUUCAGAGUCCUUAAACAAAAAUGGACUGACAACACUUCUCAAAACCAAUACUAUAUUUACUGGAAAAGCUAUUCCAUAUGAUAUCUGUGGCAUCCCUCCAUUUAGUCCCCAGUGGCUUUCCAGAAGAAUCGCAGGGGGGGAAGAAGCCUGUCCCCACUGUUGGCCCUGGCAGGUGGGUUUGAGGUUUCUAGGUGAUCACCAAUGUGGAGGUGCCAUCAUCGAUCCAGUUUGGAUUCUUACUGCAGCCCACUGUGUACAACCAAAAGGUAAUCCACGCUCUUGGACUGUUGUUGCUGGGGACCAUGAUAGAACCCUAAAGGAAUCAACUGAGCAGGUGAGAAGGGCCAAACACAUCAUAGUGCAUGAAGACUUUGAUAUAGUAACCUAUGACUCUGAUAUUGCUCUAAUACAAUUGAGCUCUCCUCUGGAAUACAACUCAGUGGUGAGACCAGUAUGUCUCCCACAUAGCAUGGAACCUCUGUUUUCCUCUGAGAUCUGUACUGUGACUGGAUGGGGAAGCACUAGUAAAGACAGUGGCCUAGCCAGUCGCUUACAGCAGAUUCAAGUGCCUGUGUUAGAAAGAGCGGUCUGCGAACGCACUUAUUAUUCUGCUCAUCCAGGAGGGAUCACAGACAGGAUGAUCUGUGCUGGCUCUGCUGUAUCUGGAAGGAAAGAUUUCUGCCAGGGAGACUCUGGUGGGCCAUUAGUGUGUAGACAUGAAAAUAGCCCCUUUGUCCUCUAUGGCAUUGUCAGUUGGGGAGCUGGCUGCAUCCAGCCAUGGAAGCCAGGUGUAUUUGCCAGGGUAAGGGUCUUCUUGGACUGGAUCCAAUCCAAAAUCAAGGGUAUUACUUCACUUAAAAAAAAUAAAAGCAAAACCUUAAGAAAACAAUUGCCAAUAUCCACACUUCCAACAGACAGUGCCUCUGGGCCAGGUAAUAUGUCUUCUGAAGUGAAGCUAGAAGAGCUCAGAGCCUUUUUUUCAACUCCAAGAUAUCCACUGCAUUAUAGAAGAAAUCUGGAAAGUCCCUAGGUGCUCAGAGUGGCACCAAAGAGUAUGAUAAAGUUUCCUGUUGUGUGUCUAUCAUUCCUUGGAUCCAUAUGUAGAGAUUCGGUUCUGAUUAUUUAUGAAAAAAAAAACAACAAAAAAAAAACAGGUGAACUACAUCAAGGAAGACUUUACUUAAUAAUUUUCACAUGCUCUGGAUCAUGGCAAGGGUGA